AUGCGAGUUCGUGAGCUCAAUGAUCAUCAGAAGGCUUCUGUUAUUGAUGUGCGUGAAGUGAAUGAGAAUAAUCAAUUUCAUCAUCCAACUGAUUUGGCAUUUGAUAGUAAUGGCAAUCUAUAUGUAAGUGAUGCCUGCAAUCAUUGUGUUCAGUUUUUUGCUUUGAUCAAUAAUCGAUUAUGUCAAGCAUCAUCGACAACAACUGUGAAAAUAUCAACAGUAAGUUUCUCAAUAUACAGGUUAUCAAUAGCUUUAUCUUUGAUACUUAUUAUAACUUGGAUUCUAAUGAAACUAUUGUGA